AUGCCCCCCCCCGUGACUUCCAUUCCCUCUCGGAAUGGCAAGAGCGACAGAGAAAAGUCUUUGUCGCUCAACGACGCUCUUUACAACCAUCUCGUACUCCCUCCCCAACUCCCGCAAAGACAGGACUCCAAUCUCGACGAGCUCGAGAAAGCCCUGCUUAACCGACUCCUGGUUUCUGUGAAGCACAUGCGAGAUCUUCCCGGCAACGACCAGAGUUACGUUUGGAGCUUGAUCGAACGAGGCCUUCGUGUUACCCAAAGCAUUCAUGCCGGAGGUCAUGUCGACCGAACUGCACUCAUUCGAGAGCUCAACGAUUUUGGAGAGUCUGACUUUCUGGUCGUCUAUGUACGGAGUCAGAACUGUGCUCUCUACAUCCGGCGUUCGCAUGAUGCUGUCUUUGGUGCCUCUGUCGUAUUCGAGGCCUUUGAGACUUCGGCGCGCAAUGAGGACGUUCUAGCAACUGAAAAUGCGCUUCAGUGGGAUUUUCCUGGAUGUGCAGUGGCAGUCCCCCUUGCCACAUUUCGUGAGAAUGGUUUCGUCUCCAACCUAGCCAAUUUCCUCGACAACGCUUCGCGAGAAUCACUCACAGACUUCUCCGCACAAGCACUCAAAGCGGGAACGUCUAUGCCCGAGUUUCGCAACACAUCAGAGCCUGCUCUUAUUUCCUCUAUGCUCAUGGCUAUUCUGCAACAAAACGGCCGCCGCCUCGCCCCAACUCUUCUGCAGAAGAUGGUCCGGGACGAUGUGCUGUGGAACAAUGCAGAAAGACCAUGGAAACGACUUCCUUAUUGGCUCGUGCUGCGAGUUACCAUCUCUCGCUACCUUGCUCAACGUUUGGGUGAAAUUGCGCGAGUUGAGUACAAGUUUUUAUUAGCUCACCUCUUCAGUGAAUUUCUCACACAUGUGCAGCAAUCAGGAGAAAUACGACUUGACCGUCUCGAUUUCCUCAAGAAAAAGCUUUGCCGACGGCUAGUCAAGCUAGAAGUCGAUAAGGAUCGGUCUCAAGAUCUGGCCCAGAGAAUUGAGUAUCUAUUCACCCAACUCGGCCCCGGAUUACAGAAUUCAAUUUCCAAGGCAAAUGCUUUCAUCGAAGUGUCGUGGAAGCACCAGAAGUUGACCAUGACUAAAACUAUCCCUCCGCUGCCGAAGCAAGCUUCUUUCGAGGAUAUGAAGCUGAACCUGAAGAUGAGCGGGAUUACCCUCAACAAAAUCUGGAGAGGCUAUUCAAGGCCUUUCAAGGUAAACACUGAGCGGCAAGGUACCACGAAUGUUGCACAGGCUGCCAAGCAGCAUCUUAGCUCGUUCGCCGUCGAGCACUUCAAGUUAAUUGAUAAAGAACUCGCCAUCGCCAGCCUUUGCCAUGAGCAAAGCCCCCUUCCACACACAAAUGUCGUAGGCUCAGCUGCUUUGAUAAGCGAGUAUCUGCGACAAGCUUAUAGGGCCUACGAUGGCAUCCCUGAACUCAAAAGUUCACUGAUCUUGAACAUCAUGGAUCUGUGGGUUACCAUGGAUAAGGCAGCCUGUGCGAUGUACCCACUCCUCGGCGAAUUUCACCCUGUCUUUCGACCCGAGAUGCUGGAUGUUCUGCUACUUUCUACCUUCGAUGAUAUGAAGCGGCUGCAGAAGAUCCAGGUUUAUCUACAGGAUCGCAUUGCUGCUUGCCAAGGUUCAACAACCAGCAUUUUUGACGAUCCUGUCCGGGGAUCAUUUGGACAUCGCUUCUAUGAUGACUCUGACAUGUCUGGUGAGAUGAACGACUUGCAUGAGUCAAUAGAGGCAUGGGCGACCCAUUUGCGAGACAGCAAAGAAAAGGAAUGGAAGACAAAAAGCGAAGAGUACUCAAGGCUAUCCAAAGUUAUCGAUGAGAGCACAUGUGUCUACAUGGUGGACGAGGACAAUCCCCACUUGCCCCCUUAUCAUGACCGCGAUUGUCGUCGCUGCUACUUGAAGCGACAGUUGAAGAGAAUUAGUAUCCAGGCCUAUGAGCAUCCACUCCCUUCUGAUCCUCAUGUCGCAAAAGCUGUAGUUUUUGAGCUGCUUUGCCCUCAGACUUUAGCAAAAUAUCGAGAUGCUACAUGGACCGUUAUGUCGAUAGCCCUGCCUGCAGAGGAAGGUGUUGACCCCAAGUGCUGGGCGCGAGACUACCAACAACUACAGAAGUAUGCCAACGACUCAUCAAUGAGCUGCUCUCUGGCAUCAGUCACUAAACCUUUUGUCUCUACCCACUAUCAUUCUUUGGCAUUCCCUAUCGAAUGGGAUAACGGCAGAUACGGUUGGCCUAGCCGUAGGGGCCAUCUGAGCUUCUUACAUCAUGUCAAGCUUGAGAUACCCGACUCUUCCCCGUUCUCGCAGCAAGACGCUGCCUUCUUCAAAAGUAUUUACGGACCAUCCUCUUACGAAAUCAUGGCUACAGCUUCGAGAUGCCCCCAGGGUAUCAACGUUCAUGAAUAUCUUGCUUUUCAGACGGUUGCAUCUGGAAAGUCCAGGCGCUGGCUAUCUAUUCUUGCCGAGUUGGCAUCGGCCAACCUGAACUUCUCCAAUGAGGCCACGAUGUUACUCGUCACUCAUCUGGCUCUUCAGUGCGGGCCCCUAGAUGAUUCCAGGAAGCAAAUAUCACAUCGAUUGGACAGCCUGGCAGCCAAUUGGAGAGAAAUCUACCUCAUGGAAACCAUCGUCACCUUCACCCUCCGUCUCCUUGACUUUUCUUGGGAAGCACGUAUGCCCGAUAUUUCUGAGCAGACAAUUUCCCUUUUGCUACGUGCCAGGAACACGUGUGUGCGUUGGUUCAAGCUCCUUCGUGCUGAAUCCUACAAGGUUGUCGAAGCUGAGACAGCACGGCGAUUCCAACAGUAUGGUCUUUGGGCUGCUCUGUUAUGCAAACGCACAUAUGUACCUCUGGCUUGCGGCCGUCUUCAAUUCGAUGACUUGUCUCUCGAGAUAUUCAUCCAGAGCAGUAUCACUGUGAAUGACAGCCUUGUGGUUAAGUUGGAGGCGCUUCCCCAGCUCCUUCAGCAUACAAUCAUUCGAGAUAUCCGACUUUCAUAUCGACUUGCCCCGAUUGUGUCGAAGCGAAUUGUUGACGGCUUGGAAGUCUUCCGACGAUCCCUCUGUGAGAUGUGGCCGGAGGAAGAAGGAUGUCCUCGAGUGUUCUCGCAAGUAAAAUUGUACCCAGAAGCGCCGGACUGGGUAUUUUGCCGAUCUAGAACAGGCGACAGCGUUGACUCGAUCGAGCAGAACGUUUCAUUCAACUGUGUUAGAGGGCUUCUCCUUGUCGAUUGCCAACCAAUGGGAAAACUUCCAGAAGAUCCAAAAUAUUCUGUUGUUCUGAACGAACUUUUUGGCAACCAAGCUCUCCUGACAUUCCCAUCAAGUCGCCCGGGGAUGCAGUACAGCCUAUGCGUGAAACCUUAUAGAUACCAAGUCCAUGUGGGAUAUGGUAGUGGAACGCGGGAGUUGAUUGUUAGAGCUUUCCGAGGAAACUAUGCACUGCAAUUGAUCCCACGUGAGACCUUUCAGGGCGACUACCCCGAUCUUCCUGGACCCCUUGUGCACAAUUGCUUCCACUGGAUGCACUUGAGAACGGGAGACAUUUUUAUAACCUCCAAGGACAGACCUUGGCCGAAUGAGCCUCACAAGGGGUACAUUUUGAGCCUCAAAGACUGCACAUGUUCGAGGACGCGCCAUUACCGAGGCCUUCUUACAAAGGAUUAUAUUGUCAACCCGUCAAGUCCACUCUUUAAUCGUAUUAGUCGAAUCCUAGACUCACUUGAAGAUCGCAGCCAGAUCACUGUGUAUCAACCUGGAGGAGACCGGAACCUUACAGUGGAGCUUCCAAGACUCAACAUCGUGUUCUACACUAACAGGAACCGUCUACUCCAGUCGCCUCAGCUACAAUGCCAAAUCGACAAGGACCAAGAUGCUGGGACCUGGUACGGCCUCCGCAGUAAGCUGGUAUGCACUAGCCUUACCAACCCGAUGCACAGGUCUAUUUUGGUGCCUCUCGGGCCCGUCUCUGCUAGGUCAGAAGGGUGUCAUGUAACAGUGAGGGUCGAACCCUCGGAUAAAUUUGGAAGGUUCAAUAUCAACAGCACACUUGGACGGAUCGACUGCGCACCUGAGCCUACACUGGUUUUCACCAAGGCUCUUCUUCACGCGUGCACAUCUUUUCUUCUGCCCGAUCCUCUGACCGGCCGCACUGGAGCCGAAGAAGCUAUUGAAUGGCUUCAAGCGGGCAUAUCUCAGCCAUGGUCCCCCCUAACCCCACCCUCUAUGUUGGUACUGCACAAGAUAGCUGGUUUAACACCGAGAAGAGUGUACUAUCCGCAAGAUCUUAAGGUUAUGCGAACAGAUACCUGGAUUGAGUCCCUUCCUAUCAUUCUUCAGAACUCGGCAUAUAGGCAGAUUGUGGAUCGUAUCCUUCAGGAGUCUGCAACUUUAGCAAUGUUUGCAGCCAAAGAACAGGGUAUUGUGAAGAUGGCAGAGCUCCCUGCUUCAGGAGAUAUGCAUCUACAUGCACGAGCGAUGUUUCGACAAGGUGCUGUCACAAGGUGUCCAGGGAUUACGUCCAGCUGCACACAACCAGCUAACCAGAAGUACAUGUCUCGGGAUCGCCCCUCAACAGUCAACAUCAUGCAUCGCAAUGUGCUUGAAGUCACAAACCUGAUCCGGAAAUGGCCCCAGAGCUUCAAGACGACACAUUGUAUUGCUCAAACUCUCUCACAAGGCAGCACUGUUGGUGGUUUUACAUCGGCCUUCAGUGGGACAUCCAUCAAUGAGAGGCUGAAGGUUAAUAUCCUUCAACAUUGGGGGUCGUUGGUCCGGUUUUCCCGUGACUCAACAGAUCGAUACAAGUUGAUGUACCUCCUCGGGCCAAUGUCGUUCCAUCUCGACGCAAAUAUGCCACUUCUUCGAACCCUUGUUGCGUCCGCGGUAUUCAGUGAUCUGAAGGAUCUUGAAUUACCCAAAUGGGAUGAGUUUGAUCAUUUCCAACCGAAUCAGUCACCACAGCUUGACUAUAUUCUGCAUCUGCUGAAGCCCUACAGAGUUGCGGCGCCGGAGAACGAUGCGAUGGGCUUGGGGCAGUAUUCGAGUGGCAAACUAUUACGCAAGUUGCAAAUCGAGCAAGCGAAACAUGAAGCCAAAGUUGAAGAUGAUUGCAAGUACUUGGCCAACCACCUCCUUAAUCAAUGGCCCUGUCUGGAACCGAACGUCAGUGGUCUAUCUCGGUCUGUGCUGAUUGACAUCGGGCCUGCGCUGGAAGUCAUUCGUCCCGAGUGGAAACGCCUGUUCAUGAACAAAGAUCUCACUGAGCAUCUCAAAGAGGUCCAGACAAUUCUUGAUAGACGAAACCUAGAAGACCGAUACGAACCACCUACGGUUCCCUUAUCCGAGGAGACCUACACGGUAAGUAUGCGAGAUGUUACUGAAACCGUCGACCUUCGGCAACUGCUGGCCAGACCGUAUCGUAUUCUCAAGGCCACAACGAGUACGAAUCAAAUUCCUUCUUCAGUCUUGGUGGAUCGGCCAUUUUUGACUGAGAAGGACUUUUUUCCAGGGUUCGGCAAUGCCACUUGGCAAAGAAACACAGGUUCCGUGGCCAACCCCCCUUGGCCUGGUCUCACAAGGCCUCAUAAUGCCCAAAUGGAUAAGAGUUUGUCGGAAUCAACUGUGAGGUCAGCUGUUCGGCGCCGUUAUGCAGCAGACUUCCAGGAGAGUCUCGCUGCCUUCCAGCACACUCCUUUGUCCAGUACUAAAGAGUCGAUGAAAUCUCGAGAAUUUGAGAUCCACCGCAGUCUCGAGAAGGUCGAGGGCUCCUUCGGGGCGAUAUGUACAGCCUUGGAAUCAAGUGCAAUACUCUCACAAAGAAGGAUUUUUUGGCUCAAGGCAGGAAACCUGUGGCCGAUUGUGACUAAGGCUACACUUCUUUCUUGUCUCGGAUCGGCUUCUGAUGUCACACAAUUCGGAAGCGGAAUGAAAAAUGCCAUUUUAGAAAUGGGAGUUAAUAUUACGAAACACCAAAGACUGGUCCGACUUCAUGACCUGGCGUCAAAAAGCGUCUCGGGAAGAUACCACGAAGAGGAGUCCAAUGAGGGACAUUCGAAUUGGAAGCCCGAAGAGCAUCCAGAUUGGCUCCUGUUAGAAAUAGAAUCGAACAUGAUGAUCCGUCCUGUUCAAGUUGAUGUAGCUUUAGCCACAAUCUCCCCUGGGUCGGGAUCCAAUUCUGUGCUUCAGAUGAACAUGGGGCAAGGGAAAACCUCCUGUAUUAUCCCUAUGGCUGCGGCAGCACUCGCCAACAAGAAACAGCUUGUGCGAGUUAUUGUACCAAAAGCUCUACUCCAACAAACAGCUCAGCUGUUGCAGGCCAGACUCGGCGGUAUCCUUGGAAGGGGUAUUCGGCAUGUCCCCUUCUCACGUCGAACCCCGACUACCGAGAAAAACAUGCGAGCCUAUCAUUCAAUACACAGAGACAUGCUCAAGUCUGGAGGUGUCAUGAUCUGCCAACCCGAACAUCAGAUGUCAUUCAUGCUUAGCGGCCGACAGCGACUCCUGGACGAGCAGCCAGCGCAGGCAGGACCGAUGAUCAAGGUCCAAGAAUGGCUCACAAGAGUGUCAAGAGAUAUCCUAGACGAGUCGGACUAUACUCUCGCAGUGAGAACCCAGCUUAUCUACCCAUCUGGAGCUCAGACUGCAGUUGAUGGACAUCCACAUCGCUGGCUUGUGGUUGAAGCCGUGCUGAGACUUGUUGAUAACCAUCUGUAUGGUUUAUCAAGAUCUUUCCCUCACUCCAUCAGCGUGAUUCGACGAGACGGGGGCGGAUUCCCCUUUGUCUUCUUCCUCAGGCAAGACGUUGAGGAUGAGCUGGUGCGGAGACUUACAGCAGACAUUUGUCACGGUGCUGGUGGCAUUCUGCCUCUCACUGAACAGGCAAUGGCAACUAAAGACAGAGUCGCCGUCAAGAACUUUCUCAUGCAUGCUCGGCCUAACGCUGCGAAUAUAGAGCGGAUCCGGAAUCUCUCACCAGACAAGCCUAGCUUGAGACAAGCAGUUUAUCUUCUUCGAGGACUCCUUGUCAAUCGCAUCUUGAUGAUGACCCUCAAGAAGCGCUGGAAUGUAGAGUACGGCCUCCAUCCGCAUCGCGAUCCUAUAGCAGUGCCUUUUCACGCCAAAGGUGUUCCGAGCGAUCAAUCCGAGUGGGGUCAUCCUGACGUCGCGAUACUAUUCACUUGUUUGGCGUUCUACUAUGAUGGUAUAAAUCUAGCUCAACUUCGACAAUCACUCGAACAUAUCCUCAAGUCCGACGAUCCAUCAACCGAAUACGAUAACUGGACCCAGAGCUCUGAGAAUUUCCCUUCUUCCCUCAAGGCCUGGAACUCAAUCAACGUGGAUGACGAGAUGCAGCUUAGAGAGAUUUGGAAGGUCGUGCGGUACAAUGAGGUAGUCAUCGAUUAUUUCUUGAACAACUUCGUGUUCCCACGACACGCCAAGCAGUUUGAGGUAAAACUUCAGGCCAAUGGCUGGGACAUUCCACUCUCACCCCUCGGAAGCACAACAGAGAACGACAAAGAGACAACAAGCAAACCGCUGAGUACAGGCUUCAGUGGUACCAAUGACAACAGAACAAUGCUUCCUUUGAACAUUCAACAACAAGAUCUGCCGAGUCUUCAUCACACAAGCGCAGAAGUUUUGACCUAUCUCCUUCACCCUCGAAAUCGUCAUUGCAUUCUACCUCGGGAUGUGAAAACUCAACACAUGGGGAGGGCCACCGAGAUGGAUCUCCUAUGGUGCCUUCAGUCGAAGUCCAUCCGCAUCCUGAUCGAUGCAGGAGCCCAGAUAUUGGAGAUGGACAACUACACUCUGGUUCAGCAGUGGCUAAAGAUUGACCAUUUCGCUUUGGCAGGCUUGUACUUUGACGAAGAAAACAAACCUUGGAUUUUGACCAAGGAAGGAAGAAAAACGCCCCUUCUCGCGUCGCCUUUUGCUGAUGACCUUUCAAAAUGCUUGGUAUACCUUGAUGAGGCCCACACCCGUGGCACGGAUCUCAGGCUUCCUCCUAAAGCUAAGGGUGCCCUCACUCUUCGUCUGGGCCAGACCAAAGACCACACUGUUCAAGCUGCUAUGCGUCUACGACAGCUGGGAACAACUCAGAUUGUUUCUUUCUUUGUCCCUCCUGAGGUCCACCAGAGCAUCUCAGACCUGCGAAAAAAGACUAUUCAUGAACCCAUCAACUCAGCCGAUGUCAUCGAAUGGCUUUUGGACAACACAUGUGACCAAAUCGAGCAGUUGCAGCCCUUGUACUAUUCACAGGGCAUGGAUUACUGCCGUCGGAUGCAGGCCGCUUUAGAUCACCCGGACUUCUUGACCGACAAGCCUCAGCGAAAAGCGUAUGUCCAGGCGAUUAAGCAGGACGAACAGCAGAGCCUGCAGAAUCUUUACGAGCCCAAAUUAAAGAACCGCGCCGUCGGCAUGCAGACAUCUAACAACGCGGUUCUUAAAGGCUUUAUUCAUGACCUCAAUUCAAGACGCAAAACCUUUCAAGAUACUGGCCGAGCUGUUCAUGCCUCUGCUCUACAGGAAGUCGAGCAGGAGAGAGAGGUUGCCUUCGAGGUUGAAUCAGUGCGACAAGUCAAGAAGCCUCAACACUUUGCUGCUUUCUCUUUCCCAGGUCUCAACGCCAGCCUCGAGGCUUUUAUCAAAACUGGGAGGCUUCCUGCAGAUACGAAUUACUUCACUCACGUAUUCCAUGCCCUGUCAAAGACAGGAACUGGUCGCAAGUACAAAGUCCAACCGAAUGUAACCAAAUCAAAAUUACUCGAGACGGCCGAGUUUGGCAGAACUAUCAAGCCCAAAGGAGACCUCUCUACCGAUGACUUCUUGCGUCCCGUCAAUUGGAUCAUUUGGAGUUCCGUCGCCGAGAUCGCUGUCAUCAUCAUGCCGGAAGAAGCUGAAGCUUUGAUUCCCAUCAUGCGGAACUCAGGUGUCCCCACGCAUCUUCUAGUUUACUCUGCACCAAUCACACGAAAAAUGCUUCGAUUCAACGAUCUAACUUUCCAUAGCAUUCCUCCUCUACCUAAUGACUGGAAAGCUCCAGAAUGGCUUCGGGUUGAGCUGGGAAUCUACGCCGGGCGCUUGUACUUUGAGUGGGACGAAUACGAUGCCCUGUGCUCCUUACUCGGAAUCCAGAGUGGCGAGCUCGGUAAUCAUGCACAGGAUGAAGAGCCUACUGAGACUGAUACGGAUGCUGAGACAGAGACAUCUAAGCCACAAAAUGACCUCGAACACAAGCUCGCCAAAAGUCCUCUGACGUUUCUACAAGAGUGGCUAGCAGUCCGUCGCCGUGGGCAGGACUUUGCUCACAGCCCCAUGGGCUUUGUCAGUCAGGGCAAGCGUCUCCAAGAGGAUCAUGUCUUCUUCAAGGCAGCAGAAAUAGACAAUGGGAUAUCUGAAGAGACUGUGCUGGCACCAGUCCGAUUGUCCCGUUUAGCUGAAAACGAUGGGCAGGACGAUGAUGGCUACUACGGCGUCGACGACAUGGGUGCCAACGAGGCUGGAGAUAGUGACUCCAGCGACGACGAUAAAAUCGAGUACGACGAGUCCGAGUAUGCCAGCGCAUCAUCAAGCGAUUGA